CCAGCGCCACCUUCGUGGUUAUGUUGUCUUCCCUCGUCCACCAUCGCCAUCACCCUAACAAUUUUUUGGUCGUCCUUCCUCCACACCAGGGGACUAAUGUUAUUUUUCACCGCUGCCACUACAAUUUUAUCGUCGUUCUUUCUUGUUCACCAACCUACCACAGUUACUAGUAUGUUAUCUUCCCUCGUCCACCACCUCCACCACAACUUUAUUGUCGUCUUUCCCUCUUUACCGCACUGCCACGGUUAUCUUGUCUAUCCUCCUUCACCGCACCGUCACGGUUAUGUUGUCUUCUCUUCUCCACCACCAUCACGACCGAAAAACUCCUGAAAUCCUGCUUGCGCGCCGUUAACACGGUGACAGUUUUGGCCAAAGUCUUAGUAUACUUUUUUUUUCUUUUUUUACACUGAUACAUUCGAAGAUGUGGUAUUCCCGUGGUCAUAAUGGGAGAGACAGGUUGUGGAAAAACCUCCCUUAUUCGGUUCAUGUGUGGCUUACAAUCAGGACCCGGAGGACCCAAGAACAUGUUGCUCAUGAAGGUAAGAAGCCACUAAAUAUCGUAAAUCUCAUUUACUCAUUUUUAUAAUUGAAGUUUUAGUGGGUGAGAUUUAUGUUUUCUUUUUCAUCUUAAAAACAUGUCCUUACUGAAAAAUACUCACCGAUCCUAUUAUCUUUAAUUCCACAUUUAGUGUUCAUUAUCUUGCUCUUGGCGCUUUGGGAGGGAAAACGUUCGAUAAAGAGUCAGUAAUUCGUUCCUCAUUUUGCCUUAACAGGUUCACGGAGGAACAUCCCACAAAGACAUUGAGAAGAAAGUGGAGGAGGCUGAGAAGAUGGCCAGAAAGAACGAAAGCCAUGGCAUUGAUACGGUGUUAUUCUUUGAUGAGGCCAACACAACAGAUGCUCUAGGGAUGAUCAAAGAGGUUAUGGUAGAUCGCAGAGUCAACGGUAGAAAAAUCGGAGUUGGGCUCAAAAGAUUGCAGUUUAUUGCAGCAUGUAAUCCUUACAGGAAGUAAGCACACUUCUGCCUAGCCUGUCGAUGCUCUAUCUUUAUGCAAAUAUACAUGUUAUUGACACAUUUGUAUUUCUUGCAGACACACGGAAGAAAUGAUCCAUAAACUGGAAUCAGCUGGCCUGGGUUACCAUGUUGCAACUCAAGAAACACAUGAUCGGCUUGGUAAGACAUAGGCUUCUAAGACAGUUGUGAGCAUUCCGUUUGCGGCGGGCAUGCAUUAAAAUGUGAAGCAAAUGCUCCUUUGGCUUCAUUUGAACUUACCAUAAUGUGUCAUGUUUCGAAAGUCUGAAGAAAAAUAGCUUUAAAAAGUUUCUUUUGCUUAUAAAAGAAACCUGCUACAUCAUACUGACGUUAGAGUCAGUGUGUUACAAAAUGGGUGAAAGCAGAAUGGUUUUGUGUUCAAGUGGAACCAAUUUAGAUUUCAUGUACGGACUGAAAUACUUCAGGCGUCUUUAGUUAUCUUUACUUUGUCCUCCCUUAUUUAGUUUUCAGUAAAGAAAAGUUCAUUUGCUUUGUUUUAUGCCAGGGCGCAUUCCUCUUCGUCACCUGGUCUACAGAGUACAUUCCCUGCCAGAGAGCAUGCGUCCUUUGGUCUGGGACUUUGGCCAACUGAAACCUGAGAUCGAGGAGCUCUAUACGCGUCAAAUUGUCAGCAGAUUUGUAACUGGACAUAAUAUAUAGAUUUAGCCAGGGCUAAAAGCGAAGCUCCAACUAAUAAAUUUAUAAUUUAAAUCAUACAAUGAACUUGUAAUCCACGAAUCAGUUAACGUAAGGGCACAUUCAUGUGACUUUUGAGGGAAAGGCUAAGUUAUUUUAGAGUGAAAUAUCUUACAUCGAAUUGAUAGCCUUAUAUGUACACCCAAAAAAUAGCAAACAUCUUCGAUCACAUUCAAGAUCAUAGGCCUCGAAAAGAAAUUCUUGGAAAACAAAUCAGGCCGAAUUUUUUUGCGUUCGACUGGGUUUACUUUACAAAUUCUUGCCAACAAAUCUGGGGUGUGUAAACCAACCUUUUAUAAUUUUUAUACAUUACAUCUGAGGUGAAACAGUACUAUUUAUCAUACAGACCUCGGACAGAAUGCGGUAUUUCACAAAUUUUCAAGACAAAUUGCACUCAUUCAAUAUUCAGGACGAUCAAUCGUGGGCUGUAAGCGAAACCGUUCAAAACAUUUCCAAAAUCACCCAUACGGCCAGUCGGUUCUCAUUUCUAUAGUGCGAGCUAUCAGUGUAGUCGAGUGUGUGAAUGAACUUUAAUAGAGUUACGCUUCAACAUAAAAACGAAUUUAUUAUUAUUAUUAUUCGUUUUUAAUGGUUUCAGUUAUAACGAUGUGUAAUGUUAUAAAGCGUUUGAUACGCGCGACAUUUUUGAGUACUCCUGCAAGCGAUGUUCAUGAACGAUGAAAACAAACGGCACAGACAAGUGAUUAAAAUUGCAAGAGAGACUACUAACAAUCAAGGAAAGAAAUAUAAUUCGGUGAAACACUUACAGAGACAACAAUUUUCAUUCACGAAGACAAGUAUUUAAGUGUCUCUAAAAAUCCUGAGUCUUUAAGCGUAAAGCUUAAGUAAUAAGUUUAUGUUUUAAGCCGGCUUCCCGGCGCGAUGUUUAUUGUUUUCAAAGACGAACUCCUCGAAGCAAGAAAAUCGCUCAUAGUUUUCUUUCUACAGCCAAAUUUAUAACUAAAUCUUCUUCGGAACGUUUUCUUUCUAUUUGCCGUGAGAAUAUAUAUCUGAAGGCUUUUUAAAGUUCUGUAAGCUUAUAUCAAACCUGAUACUAGGUCAGAUCAAUGAUUCAAAUCCUACAAACGUGCAUAAACUUGCCGCAUAAACUGUGCUCGACUUCAUGAAAUUAGAUAUAACAAAAACAAACAUCAGAUACAAUAAUUACUCAGGCUUACGAGAUUCAGUUCCUAAAAGUUGUCAAGGAAGGCCACAGUUGCUUGAGACUUUUAAACCCUCUUACGCAUUAAGCAAGGUGAAAAACGAAAACGUUGCCAUCCGAAAUCGAAUUACCGAAUUUGACAAGCGACGCAUUUCUCAACCAAAAACCCAGUACACAAACCAGCCAUGAAUAAACAGAAAACUCUUGAUAGCAGCUGUAUUUCAUUUUGUACAUCCAGAGGGAAAAGACAGUUAAAAACAUCACAAGUUGAAACAAAACUCUGUCAGCUUCAGCUGCCAAAGUAAACAAUUUUCAAGAUGCCGCAUGAAUUUUCCGCACGAACUCACCAAUCAGACAUCUUGACCCAUCAGAGCAUAAAAAUUGGACGUAAAGCUUGACCAACGCGUGAUCAUGGUAAGAAAAGGCCUUCCCCGCCUGUAUUUUUAAAAAAACGGGCUGAAUUUUAGCGUCCGAGGUCAGUUAGAAAUCACAAUCCUAAUAGUGCGUGGCCAUAGUGACAUAAGCACAACAUUUUUGAUAUAAAUCAUUGGAGAAAAUAAACUUGAGCCUGCGAUCAUUUGAAACUGGUAAUUUGUCAGCAGAUAACUUCAAAAAAUACUAGACCUUGACGGGUGGACACUUGAGCCCGUGGUACAGUCAGGUGGUAGUGGUCAGCGGAUACCCUGUUUUGACAGCUGUCAAUUGAUCACAACAUUGAUGCGCAAUUAGUUUUCUCUUAGGCUCCCAGACUAGCUAGAAAGUGUGAGAGUAAACAUUGGUUACCCUGUGGUGUGGACGGACGGUCGGGCGGGCGGGCAGUCGGUCGGUCGGUCGGUGUACGGUCACGUGAUUACCAAAUUUUCGCGGAUGGGUAGAUUACCACAUUUCCUUAGCUAUGGGGCUCCGCCCACACGCGGCGCGAAUAUAAUAGUGUGAGAGAUAGCGUCUUACAGUCUGUUGGCAAAUAACUAAAAUGUGUACCUUUGUGUCCCAUGACGUUUUUCCUGCCGAUUUUUUGACACAAAAUUUUUGCUUGAGAAUACAGCCGACAUUUCACGAGAGCCCAUCACUGGUUUCGCCGCGAACUGACGUCUAAGGAACAAGUGCAGAAAUUUCAUACUGAUGACGUGUCACUACCCAGGUUUAGGUAGUGCUCCCGAUUGGUUGAAGUAAAUUUCCCUCCCGGCGCGACCAACUAGAAGCACUUCCCAGGUAUGGGUAACGACCAGGUUAUCAGUAUGGAAUUUCUGUGCUCGUUUCUCAGACGUUAUUUUGCGAGGAAACUAGCGGUGGCGUCGCGAAAUGUUGGCUGCUUUCUCAUGCUAUAACACUUUAUACAUUCUAUGGAAGAAUCGAUUUUUAAGCAGCAGUUCUCGAAAACGUCUUAGUCACUGUCAGUUGUCACUGUCGACAUGAACAUCGCAUAGCUAUUUUACAGUGCCACUUAUUUCAUAUUUGUGCUAUUGAAUAAUUCUCUUGAUGUGGUGUUCUAUUUUCGUGUAAGAUCCUUCAAGAAAAACAGAUUCCAGGGGGUAAGCCUUUGGUCGGAGCUCUGACGAGAGUACUAACUGCUUCUCAGCGUUACAUGAGAGAUCAGACGGUAAAAAAUAGUGCUUUUGUUGUGUUUUGUGUGCAUCUCGUUUUCCAUUGUGUAUGAACUUUACGAAAAAUUUAGACCUUUUUCAACAGUACAGCCAGUCUGAGAAUUCUUGUUUGACUGUAUUUUUUUGUUUACUGUUAAUAGUCUAUUUUACAGUUACAGGUGGAAACGAGGCUGGAGUUGACCUUGAUUUUAUACGACCCUUCUUGCUUUAUUACGUAAAUGCGUUCUUAUGCAAACUAGUAUUUUUAAGCAAACUUUCCAUGAGAAAAGGAGGGAGGUUUGUAUCAAAACAAGGUCAGUCUCAGCCUCGCUUUCACUCAAAGGCAAGGAUACUAAGCUUACAACUGUAAAAUGGUAUUCUGUCUUACAUGCCACUUCUCCGACGGCACCUAAUCUUAUUUCUCAAAUUACAGCUGGUCUCAAUGUAUUAUACUACUUUAUGCCCUUUCCAUCCACGCCAGUAAGAACUCUGAACGAAAUUGUUGUCUUGCAAUACUCAUUUUUGUAGGAUGAGUGUAGCUUUGUGAGCCUUCGAGAUGUAGAACGUGCAAUGAGAGUGAUGGUCUGGUUCUACAACCAUCGCGAUGCUCUUAAUCCUCUAAUGGAUGAAAAAAUUGACGUGGAAGAUGAAGAGGAUGGUUUGGAUAAGGUAAAGGAGAUUUGUCCUUUGAAGAGAAAUAGACAGAAUUGCAUACUAAAUAAGUAUGUUCUUGAGUGACGUAAUGGAAUAAAAAAACAUUUUGCUCAUUUGAGAAUAUCUUUUUCAUUACGUAAAGCAUACGUGCGGUGUAGAAAAAAGUUGUUUUUACCAAUGGCAUGACUCUGCACUUGUCACAAAUACCCGCCUUAACUUUGUUUUAGCCCAUUAAUGGCGUGUCACGUGCCCUGGUGCUUUCAAUUGGAGUGUGUUACCAUGCAAGACUUCAAGAGAGAGAACCUUAUCGGCGUGCAGUGGCUCCUAGCUUUUCCCGUCCAUGCCAACUACCAGGUGGACAUAAGCGAAUUUUAAAGGAAAUUACAAGGUGGGCCACACUAGCAAUUCAUUAUUUUGGAAGCAAUGACUUCUUAUUUGCUGCCACAUCAGAUGAUGCAAAUACCUUUAACCGAGUUGUCAUUAAGGUCGUUACACCCAAAGGCGAUAUGUUCACGAUAGGCUGUGGUGUCUCCAGCAAUUUGCAGUAGCUUAAGUGUAUACGUUUUUCAGUGGUAUCUUGAGGGAUUCUUAGACAUGAACGCGUGGAGAAAUCGUGUAAGAAAAGCUAGAAAUAAAUACAGAACCUUUGCUACCAAGCUGGGUUACAAAGUAAAUCAGGUUGUUGUUGAUUUUAUGAAUGCAUGUUUACUUUGUUUACGGAACUUCCUUUUUCGUCAUCAGAUGCCAAAAAGCAGUGCUGAAAGAGCUAGAACUGGGUCAUAAUAUCGCACGUAACGCAGCACUUAGUGAGAAUGUGUUUAUGAUGGUGGUGUGCAUUGAACUCAGGAUUCCUUUGUUUGUGGUUGGUAAACCAGGCAGCUCUAAAUCUUUAGCCAAGACCGUUGUUGCUGAUAACAUGGAAGGAGGUGCUUCAAGAUCUGACCUUUUCAAGACCUUUAAGCAGGUGAAGGCAAUGUACUGAAAAGACUAUUACGAAUGUUUGUUACUGUAUUGCAAUUGUUAGAAUCUAUCAAACAAAUGUGAUAGAGUGGUAAGUAUCCUUUAUGACAACGACAAAGAUGAGGAGAGGAAAGAUCACCGCAGGACUAUUUUGCUUAAUUUCUUCUUCCUUUGAUUUAAUCACAGUGUUGUGUUGUAUUGGAUCGUAAUGAAUUGUAUUGUAUUCAGGUUGUUCGUCGUGUUCUUAGGUUUGUUAUUAAUGUAUGCCAAUUUCGUGUUCCACAAGGUUCAUAUGGUGUCUUAUCAGUGCAGCCCUCUCUCAACUGCUGACGGGAUCGUUGCGACUUUCCGUCAAUGCGGCAAGCUCCAAAAAGGCAAGAACCCAGACAAGUUCGUGUCAGUUGUGGUCUUAGAUGAAGUUGGCCUGGCUGAAGACUCGCCUCUAAUGCCUCUUAAAACGCUCCAUCCACUGCUGGAGGAUGGCUUAAGUUCCACAGAUGGCAUCAUAGAAGUGGAAGAAGAGUUUCCUGAAAGAGUAGCCUUUGUUGGAAUAUCCAACUGGGCCCUCGAUCCUGCAAAAAUGAAUCGCGGUAUCAUGCUUUCUCGUGGGCGUCCAGACACAGAGGAGCUAGUGGAAAGUGCAAUGUAAGUUUUCCUCUGUUUUGGGACUAAGAAUGGUAUUCAUAACUAAAGGAAGGCCCACUAAGUGUUCGCUUUAGUUUCACGAAACAAUUAAUAAACGUCCCUGACAACGCCCCUAACCCGGCUAACAAUAGGAGCUGCAGGUUAUAGGGACCAAUAAAGAUAGAGACCUACGGUAGAUGCAGACCAUAGUGAACACUUUUUAUCAGAUACACAAAACAGGACCAUCUCUUUGUUACUGACAUUUUCACACUAGAUGUCCCACUUAAUAAAAAUUGACCAUCAGCUAAAUGUUCACCUUAAUGAAGGCAGACCGGUUUGGUUCAACCUUAAAUGAGAAAGACACUUUUUAGGGAUGAAAUAUGUUUGCGGGCGACAAAAGGAGCGCGCCACCUAUUCUUGAUCAGCGGCACUCUUUUAACUGUCUAGCCGGAUUUUUUGGAUCGAUUUGCAUUCCUGUGUUGUACCGACUAAUAUGCAUGGUAUGAAUGGUAUGUGGCCUCGAAGGUCCUGGUGUUGAGUUCAAGGUCCGUCUGAUGUCACAGUAAUCACGUGAAUGCACAUGCAAGUGAUGCAACAAUCAUUAUCACACAUUCAAUUCGCAAGCACAGGUAAUUCAGGUACACAAGUACUGCACUAAAUGGGAGACUUUUCGAUUCGCCUUGCCGGCCUGGAAUCUAUUUACCCAGGAAAAUAGAAAUAGAGCCUGAUCUCAGCUUAGUGCGGGACAAGUUUUCGGUGAGAUACGAGUGCUAGCAAAGUGUAGAGAUCGAUGUCAAUUAUACAGUUUAUUCAGGUUUCACCGCAGUGUAUGGGUUUUAUAUUUUUAUACGUCUUCAAGCAUGGUACGUCGCCUGUCAUCCGAAAGCUUUAAUAAGCGUUAAACUCCAGUGGUAAUUUAAGCUGUUCCAUUAUUUUGUAUCGCAUCUCAAUGGCCUUUUGUCAUUGAACACGGAAUGAAUAUUCGAUUGAAUAAAAAGACUUCGUGCAUGAGUGCAUACCAGCAUUACUUGUGUCACGCAUUACUGUUUUAAUGUAUCUUUACCGGCGAAUAAAAUACAAACGUCUUACCUCGCUGAUCGCUCCAGAAAUACUGCAGGCUAAUUGUAUCUAAUCAAAUGCAAAUAAAAUCGUUGAAUUAGAUAAUUAUAUGAGUUUUGUUUACUCUGUUGUUCAAUCCAGUUUUCAAUGAAAGGCAUUCACCUACAUAUGAAAGCGGUUUCGCCCGCACUUCGUAGCCAACGGCUACUGCUAGUUUUAGGUUCAAUAAAAAAAUAUACAGCUUUUUAAGGAUGGGUGGUGGGAAGUGUUUCCACCUUAAUUUGAUGUAGUUGAAAUUAGAUAGUUUAAGGAGCGUGAUCCAUCUUCUUUAUGUUACUUAGGGGCAUAUGUGCAACUGAUAUAAGAGUACAAAACUUAGUUGCUCCACUCAUGAAUCUAUUGGCCCAGGGUUACAGUGAGUUAUACGAUGGACAGAAACGGUUAGAAGCUCUUCGGGAGUCUAAAAAGGAGGAAUUUUUUGGGCUCCGUGAUUUCUACAGGUAGGGAUGUUCAAAUGUAGUUUAACUUGUCAGUUCCAGCUUAUUUUAAGCUCUUGUUACAGUGUCCUCAAGGUCCUUUUCAGAGCAUUGGAAUUUCGGAAAUAACAGUGCUCUUCCCAUUAAUCAGUCCAUCAUGCAGUUAUGUCUAGAAAUUCUCGCAAUGGCGAAUCUGCAAAAAAUCGCAUAAGCGAAGUUUCGCCAAAUUCGCCAUUUUCGUCAAAAUUGCCUUUUUCAAGGGCACCUUUGCCAUCUCAUUUGCCUUGAAAAUUAUACUUUGGCGAAUUUUUGCCAUAUUCGCCAUAUUUUCGUCAAAUUGGCCAUUAUCGUCAAAAUCGCUACUUUAGACGGCGCCCCUUUGCCAUAUCAUUUGACUUGUUCAUAUUACUAUGGCGAAUUUUUGCCAUUUCACAGUUUUGGCCAAAUUUGCCAUUUUCGUCAAAAUCGCCAAUCUCAAAGGGGACCAUUGAGCAUUUUUAAUUUCACUUGUCCCAAAGGCUUUGGCGAAGUUUCGCCCUAUUCGCCAUUUUCGUCAUGAACGCGUCUUUCCAACUUUUCUUAUCGCCGGCGUCUGGAUCAGCUUAUACAGCUAUAUAUCAGCUUAAGUUAUACAGGUUUAUUGAAAACAGCUAUAGUGUUGUUUGUCUUUUAUCCUAAAUGUCAACCUCUCUUAAAACCGAGGGCAAGUGCGAAGUCUUUCUCACAGAAAUUGACCCAUUUUCCAGGCAAAGUUUUACACUUGGCUUUAUUUCGAAACAAAACUUGAGUGCAUUGAAGCUUGCAAGAAUGGCCUAUUUCUUUCAUGUAGUGGUUAUUUGUCAGGAAUUUUAUUUUUUUCUCAGUUUGACAGUUUUCAAACUCCUUGGAUAUUUUACCCCCGAUCAUGGUUGCAGAGUAGGAAAUUCGAAAUUAAACUGGGUUAAAAAUGUUCAGAUUAUCACGAGCUAAAAUCAGGACGUUAAUGUUCAGAUAAAACAAGCGUCGGUUGAAUCAUUCUAUCCUCACAUUGAAUUUUAGCUUGGUAAAGAUGGUGUACAAAACAGCUGAGGAGCAUGGACGAGAGCCACGUUGGCCAGAAAUUGAACGAGCCAUCAGAAGGAAUUUCGGGGGACUGGAUGCGAUUGACCCAGUGAAAAUCUUCAGGAAACAUAUUCCUUUUAGCAGAACCGAAAUGGUAGGCGUGUUGAAUAAUUUGUUUGUUUUAAAGUUGCCUCUGCUAUGCGUCCACCGUAUUUCACAGGUAGGCAGAAGGUCCACUCAAAAACUUCGAAAGGUUUUUAGGUUAGGUUGGGCCGGCAUUCUGUGUGCACACCGAUAACAACAGCUGUCGAUUACGUCAGUUAGUAAUCGACUUUCCUAGUCGAUUUCCUACAAUUAAGCGUUUGCACCGUAACUCCACUGGGGUGUAAAUGUACUUUUCCUCGAAAAGGCUAUAAUGGUAAUAGUCGGCAUCUAAGUACAACGUUUCCGAAACUAUACAGAGAUUUCUCCAGUGUUUUUUGUGAUUCUUUGCGUUUUUACUCAUUUCCUAGAAGACGCAAAAUAAAGAUGCAUUUUCUGCAGUCAACCUUAUCAAAGCCAGCCUCGAACGCGAAAUCUCCGGAGGGUAAGAGAGUCAAUAAGAUACAGUACUGUGCAAAAAAAAUGAGAGCGAAUUUCGCGAAUUUCGACGAGCAAAUUACGAACUUUCGUUUCAGACGAAAUUUUGGCGAAAUUCCGGAGCAUCUUUUAUUGUAGUCCCUGCGAAAUUUCGGAAACUAGGUGAUGACUCCGAAACGAAAGUUCGCGGCAUGAACCGAAAUUUGGUAGCGAAAUUUCGAGAAAGCUUUACGAAAUUUCGCGUCAUUAACGUAACUAAAUUUCGGUUCGAGUUAAGCGGUAUUUCGCUUCGACGAACCGAAAUUUCGUUACUGAUAAGUUCUUAACUAACCAGGGCGCGGUUGUUUACAGCAGGAUAAAGAUAACCAAGGAUUAGAGUGAAAUUUGACUUCAAUUGUGAACGCUUACAAAGCAGAUUCAUAUGAAUUCUUUUUGCCUACCAUUUGAUAUUUGGACGCUCUAAAAUCACGAGUCGAAACAAGCAUAAAAAGCGCUGUUGAUUUAGCUACUGACUGUAAAUUGUAUUCUAUCUUAGCGAUCGUGUCCCAAACGGAUCGCUACGAUAAUCGAACGUUGCUUCCAAUCAAUCUGUUUUUGAAGGAUACUACCGAUCGUAUCAAUCAUACACAGAAACCAGACCUUACAUGUACAGCAUGUACAUACACCAUUAACAACAUGAACCUCAGUAGGCAGAGAAUCUUGUGAAGAAAAUUUGAGAGGGAACAACACUUGUUAAUUUACGUAUUGUUAUGUGUGUUUUAAUCUUACUAAAUGAACGCGAGGUUUACUCGAUGUUGCUGUCUGUUGUUGGCAGAUGCACUUUUCAAAUCCGUCAAAACCCUUAAAAAAAAAACUGUUGAGAACGUUCGUGAACCUACAUGAUGGAAAGCUGUUGCCUGUUUACUGUGCUUACUAAAUUCCUUGAUUGGUUGUUUUCCUCUUCCCUCCAGAGCUGAGUAAAACGAAUUGAAAGUAUCUCCCUGCAAAGUUUAAAACAACGCCGGAUGGCAACGUCCCCUGUAAAGUCGUUCGAAUUGUUCUUCGAACUUUCAUGUUUUUAACUUACCGCAAGCGUGGAAUGACAAGUCGCUGACACAAAGCAAAAGGAAUUGAAGCGCAAACUUGUGAAAUUUUAUUGCUGAGAUUAUUUAAAUCACAAGACUUUGCUUUUUGUUACACAUAUGUCAUUUCAAGGCUACGAUCGAGUCUUUCAUGUAAGCUUUAAAAUUUUGCUUUUUUAAAUUAACUUGGCGUUAAGACAGAAGGAAUAUUAAUGCCGAAAAAAAUAAAUUGUCAGGAAUCGAUUUAUUAGCUCAGUUACGCUGAAAUUAGAGAAAAUGCUUAACUGCAGGUCGAGCGAUGGUUUCGGCUAAAAGUAACCAUAUGCAAAUUUCUUAAUUCGAGUUUAUUUCAGCGGUAAAUCUUUAGCGACCGCCUCUUUGUUGAGAAGUUUCUGAUGAUUGCGGUAAAAUAGACGGAAGUUAAAUGGGGACUGUAACCGGCCUUUCCCUCAAGUAACGUGCAAUCGGUAGCUGGUUAAGAAUAGGUAAGUUUCAGUCUAAAAGACCAGAAAAGUUUUAUUACGGGAACAUUAACUUGGUUGUCUGUGUUGUGGGCAAAUAGUGUUACUGAUCUUUGUCGAACCAGAUUGUGUGUUUCCAUGAAAAAGUUUUAGAACGAACUUAACUGUUUGUUAAGCUAUAAAUGCGAAGCAGAUCGUUAUCAACUAGUGUAGUGAGCUUAUGAAAUUUGUUGCAACCAGCGCUGUGAUGAACAAUCCCGGCAAUCGAGGCGAUCGAACGUAGCGAACCUACAGUGAAGCGAUUCAAAGCAAUGCAGGUAAAGGACGGAAUUCGGCGAACUUUGCUCUCAUUACUUUUGAACAGUACUGUAAAAUGACCCACUUCGUUUAUCAUUUACGGACAAACGCCAGAAAUAGGCAACUUUCCUCUGAUUGCACGGUGUAAAAUUUGUUCCCAGAGGGUGGUGGGGGGUGGUGGGGGGUAUUGAUCACGUUUCAUGGAAAAUGUAAAAUGGCCGUUUCACAUUUCACGGACAAUAAAUUCGGCAUUCACGUUUCAAGAGAAACAAAAUUUUUAUACGAUCAGUUUUUUGCUUAUUUUGGUUAAGAACUACAGCCAAAGAACUGCCUUGUUCGAUGUCCCCACCAUUCUCCCGCUGCUUGUUCUUGGUGCUGUGAAAAGGAAACCGAGUUCUUUGUUUAGAAGUUGAGGCUCCGCACCAUCUUCUAAUACAGAAACAUUGUCAUCCGAGGGGUCGUUAUCGUAUUCAGAGAGCUGGUCUGCUUUAGAAAUUCAGAUGAAGAUCCAUCUUUUCUUUCAUCAUCUUGUGGCACUUCAAUGUCACAGUUCAAGAUGAAUUCAACACUCGAAACUCGUUUCACAGAUUAUUGUUAUCAAAAAUCACGGCUCACGGCGAUUAUCAAUUCCAUUAAUGGGGAAUAAAACCAGCAAUUCACCGUUCACGAAAAUACCCUUUACCGCCCUCUUCUCACUUGACGUUUUCAUUUCAAUAGAGAGAGUCGAUACUUAUUGGUGCUGACAGAGAACUAUGCAGCCUUGCCUAUUGUUCAGCAGGAACUGCACAAAAAAGGCGAAGAACCUGUCGUAAUUUUCGGCAGUAGCUUUCCCAAGGACCAAGAAUACACUCAGGUACUAACAGCUGUAUUAAAAAGUAAUUAAAAGUGUUGUUACUCGUGAGAUGGAUGUUUCGUUAAUUAGACUGUUUCAGUAACAAGACUUGCUCCCUCCUCCGCAGAGUGUAAAAUAGUAAGUGCGUGGUAAGCCUGUAAGCCCUUCCUAUCUUCCUUCGCGAGCUUUCUUUUAUUUCUUUUCCCCAGUCUCCGUAAGACACGAAGAUGCCUCUAUGGAGAGAAGAGUUAGCAGAAACAUUGUUGAAGACAUCAAUAUUUUAGGGCAAUGGCAUGCAUUUUACUUUACAACCCGUAAAAACAACCUCUUCCAUUUAACCAACCAUUUACCUCUUAGGAACCAACUGACCUUAACCAACUACAGUUGAACCUCAACUUGGGGACUGAGGACAGUUUAGUAGCAGAGAUGGAGCCGUUAUGGAGAUAUACUAGAAAAGAGUCGGUUUUAAGAUAGCUUGCUACCGUUUUAAGAAGAAAAAUAUCGUGUUAAAGUCAUCAGGGUUCAUCAGUUCUUUCUUUAAGCUGUGAUCCCAUGAUCAUUGGACUUCUAUUAGCUGUUAUAGCAAUCUGUGGAAUGUUUUGUUGGGUUGUCGUUUCAUGUUUCAGAUCUGCCGUGACAUGAAUCGAAUUAAAGUCUGCAUGGAAACGGGAAGAACUGUAAUUCUUUUGAACUUGGAGAGCCUCUAUGAAAGUCUGUAUGACGCACUAAACCAGGUAUAAGUGUCUGGCAAUAUUAUAUACACAACUUCGGUAUAACUACAAGUCAUUCUUUAUAAUGUCUUCUUCGUAUUAUUACUUGACAUUUUAAAACUUCUUAAGUCAAUCACUCCAUCAAUAAAUCUUCAAAUAGAUCCACACAUUUCUUGGCGUAAAUUAAGCUUUAUUGACUACCUUUAUAACGGCGUUAACGUUUGCGAUAUAUUAUUUUUAAUCUGCACUUCCAGUACUAUGUGUAUUUUGGAGGACAGAAAUAUGUGGAUCUUGGCCUUGGAAGUCACCGUGUAAAAUGUCGCGUCCACGAUGAAUUCAGGUAAAACGUCCUUAGACAGUACUUUCAGUCCGUGAACAUGGCCUGUCAAUACUUAUAUGUAAUUCCUUGUCAUAGUUUUGUCAGUUAAUGAGGAACGUUGAGUCGACUAGGUCUCAUAGAAGGCAAACUUUAAUCACUUCAGAAGUAGGUUACAGUCGUAGAGCUAAUGACAUAGUAACACACACACAAAACUAGUAUAGAGGUUGCUCAUAUACCUUAAAGAGGGGGUUUCUAGAAUGUUCCGACAAAUACAUAGUCAGUCUAUUUAGAGAGACUUACAUAACGUUUGGGAUAACGGUAGAGAUCAGCAAAUUGACAUUCUAGAACGUUCUUAUCCAAGAAGCAAAUGCAGAUGAAUUCCAGAAAGUUCUAGAUAUCAUAACAGUCAUUGCCACACCAACAGUACAUAAAAAUAGUGUUUAUGGCGUUUAGAUGUUAAAGAUUCGAUUUAACCGUUCCAAACGCAGCCCGAAAGUUUUCGCUGGAAGAAUUCAGGUCGUUUCAUUACACUCCUUUAUAACGAAGGUGCUUGGAUAUCUAAUAGCUUCAUUUUUGAAUAAUGUGGCUUAAUGUGGUCUAGUAAUUCUGGUAAUUCUGCUUUAAGUAACGUUUACCAAUUCAUUUUCUGUCAAACAGAUUGAUUGUCAUUGCUGAGAAAAAUGUUGUGUACAGUAAGUUUCCGAUUCCUCUCAUUAAUCGCUUGGAGAAACAUUACCUGGUGACUUCAGCAAGUCUCAGUUCUCCACAAAAGGUCCUGGUGGACAAGUUGCAGGAAUGGGUAAAAAGCUUUUCUCAUGUCGACAUCCCUCGUCACCGGCAAUUAAGGUAAAGACAGAAAGUCAGCCAGGAAUUUGUCAGUGUUUGUUAGGGCCAAAAGGCAGGUUUUUGUGUCCGAUAAGCCCGAAAACCAUAUCAACGAAGGACAAGAAAAAAAAAAUCGAAGAGCAAAGAAAAAGAAAGGAGAAAAAAAAAAAUUGCAAUGGUUUUGCACUAUAUUGGCUACAUUUUUUUGGCCGAAAACAAAAGUGCUUGAUGGAAGAGGUCUAUUUGACAGUAACGUUUUCAAAAAUUCUGUAAGAUAUAUUUGUAUUGUGCAUGAGGUAAGAAACAAAUUUGUAGACUGCAAAACAUCCUCACUUUACGGAUGGAACCCACGUACUCUUCCCUAACAAAAUACCCUCACUACUCACUUACAUAACAACUUAAACUUGUCCCGGUCUUCUCGGUUACGGUUCACGAUUUGGCAAUUUGCUGCAAGAUUGACUUCAUUUUCAUAUCGCAAAAAUUCUUCCAAAUUCGGUCGACAAUAGCUGGUUAUGAAUCAUGCGUGGGAUUUUAGCCAAUCAGAAAAAGAGAAAUAGUUUAAAUGAAUAAUAAUGAAGUUUAUUCAUUUCUGAUGUUUAAUGAUGUAAUUUUGAUCCUCACAGGAAGUACUCACCUGGUGACGCAUUUGUUGGUUACCAUGCUGACACAGCAGCUUGCGUCGUACUGCAAGUAACCAACAACAUUGAAGAAAGCGAAUUCAGUGAUGAAUAUUUGCUAGACAAGGUAUAGUGGGACGUAAUUUGGAUGAAUUUGAAUUUGUGUUGGCUAAUUUAACCUUUUUGGUAGCUCAUUAGUUUCUGGUACAGUAUUUAAUGCUAAGUUUCCUUCCAAUCUGCUCUUUUUCAUCAUAGCCGUUCAAAGAAUCUGAGGUGGUGUCAAAAAUGGUCGUUUCUCCGUUUUCCAGAAGCACGCCGCUUUUCUUUAUCGUCUCUUUACCACUCUGUCUGUUAACAAAGUGUGAUGAAACUAUUGAUGAACCCAUAGAAUCGCAUUCUUUUUCCUGAAAGUGGUGAAAUACACCUUCAUAAGUAGGAAAGUUAGUAUUCACACACCUUAUUGGCUUGAUCGAUUAACAUUUGCUUGCCUUUCAGCUCUUCCAGGAAUCGAAAGAAUUGUUGUUACAAUGCUCAACUCCGGAUGCUGUUGUACGUCUGCCAUCUACACACCUUGCUCAGCAAGCAGACGAGCUCUGGACAAAUUACUUUACAAUACAGGAACAUUCAAGUCUAACAGCUUUUCUAAGAAAUGUUCUGACAAUAGAGGGAGGGCGUUCCGGAAAGGGGAGUUUAAUUCAGGUGUGCUCUGAUUUGAUCUUUCGUUGGUAAUUAAUGAACCAACACUUAAUAACUAUGAAAUAAUAUUGAAUUUGAUUUAACUAGACUGUUAAUUGUCAUAACCACUAUGACCUCUGUGUAUUGCUGGAGAUAACUUAUUUCUUCUUGUAGGUGACAACUCAUUCCAGAUUGCUCUCUUCAAAUGAUUUGCAAGACAUAGCUCGUGCCACAUCUCUACCCUUGCCAAACGUAACAUGUCUAAGUCUUCAGCAGUUCCACACGGAACAACAGUUUUGCUCAUCUGUGAGGUAUACAAAAUUAAUUGCAAGUGUUAACUACUAUUGCAUUUCUAAACUUUAGGCAGACAGGAAGUGAGCUUACUUGCAGGGACGAGGGGGGGCAGAAUAUAUUUUUGGAAUGAGCAUCAUUUUUCCAUAUCCCACCUAAACAAAGGUGACUAAGUUUUGCGUUCUAGAGAUACUUUCGUCGUCCUUGUCACAAGUACUUCCUUGACAACUCCAGAAAAAAUUUACCGUAUUUUGACCAAUUAAACGAAAUGGAUUAAGAGCGAUGUGCCGUUUUUAAAGCCUUUGCAGUCGUGGUUGCUUAAGCUCCCUAACAACAGUCCAGCCGAAACAUUUAACUCAAAGACUCAAUCCAUUAUUGCAUGUUAUCACAUUGUGAUUUUCUAGGGAUUUCUUUGCACAACUUGGUGGGAGGAAAGGACUGCUUAUCGUGCAAUGCGAUGCUGGAGACGUCAAUCGUAAUUUGAUACCCUGUGCCCGACACCUUCUCGUGGAACAAAGGACAACUGCAGAAGAAGAUUUCAAAGAUUACCCUUCAUCAUUUGUGCAUGUAGUUAUGAUUAUUCAACUUCCUCGACUUGUCGGAGGCUGUGAAGCAUUUGCUGGUUUCCAGGGAGGAAGGUGGCUGUCUGUUCACAUUGACGAACUUCGACCGCCAACUGGUCACAUCCCAGCCAUUCAAUUCAUGGUGGAUCGGUCAAUGAGUGAGUUAUUUGAUGUUGCAUCAAGCAGCAUACGGGUGGACAAAAAAUACGUUGAGGCAGCUAGAGAUGACAUGGAAGUCGACGAACAGAGUGAUGCUAUUGCGGAUAGAGUAAAUAUCGUCAGCCUUUUGAGAAGCUGUGUUCAAGCAGCUAUUGCAAGAAUUGAUGCUGAACCAUGGCGCUCAUCACGAUCAACACGGCGAAUUGAGCUUAUGCUGAGUCUUCUUCCAGAUGGUAGAACAGAUGGGACUGGUAAGGGUGGCGUUCAAUUAUCUUUAAUUAUUCCCUCGUUAUGAUUGUCUCAAGUUUCACAACAUUAUGCCAAGCCAGUGGACUCUUUGCAAAGUACAUGAAACAGUUUGAAGUCACUGGAUUCCUUAGACAACUGCCCGUGCUGAGCGUUUUGUCAACAAAGGAUCUUUUUCAUGGUUUGAUUGGCUUCUAGUAACCAAUUGAGCAUGUCAGCAACAUUUUUUUCUUCUUACUUUUGUAGAUCUAUCAUUUGCUACUAUUUUGGCUCGACGAAUCCACAAACUUCUUCAAGAAAAGGAUGAACAGGCUGGAACUAAGGCAAAUGACUGGCUACAACUCUGA